UAGUCGAAACCCUGAAAAUCCUUGCAGUAUGUUAAUGGGACCCGGAUCGAAAAGGUCUUAACUACUCGGAGAGGAGCUAGCAGCCAUGGAAGCAUGGAAACGAUCGGUGAAGGAGAAGAAGAAGGAGAAGCUAACUAAAAAGCAAUGGUUGACACUCAUCGCGAUAGGCAGUGUUCAUUUCUGCGGUGCCAUAUGCAUUUCUCUUCAGGCGCCGUUUUACCCGCAAGAGGCUGAAAAGAAAAAUGCUACAGCGACUGAAUAUGGUCUGGUUUUCGGCAGUUUUGAGUUUAUCGCGUUCUUCAGCAGCCCCUUUCUCGGAAAAUAUAUAAAUUACAUUGGGGUGAAGACAACUCUGAACGCAGGCAUGCUUUUGGCGGCAGCCUCCACGAUUUCCUUCGGUUUGCUGGACAUGGUCGAAUCGCACGACGCCUUCAUCGGUUUGUCUUUCUUCCUGCGGAUGGCCGAAUCGCUAGGUUCCACGGCAGCCCUCGUCUCCGCCUUCUCCAUAACCGCCGCAGUGUUUCCCGAUAGUAUCGCAACAGCUUUUGCUUCUCUGGAAGUGUUCUACGGCGUCGGGUAUAUCGUCGGACCUACCCUCGGUGGCCUUUUCUUCUCUUGGGGAGGAUACAAACUGCCCUUUAUCGUAAUGGGUAUUGCAAUGAUCUUCGGUAAUAUUUUCGUUUUCCUCGUUCUUCCCCCUGUGGAAAAUAACGUCAGCGAUAUCAGACAAGUAAGCACGAAAGGCGUUUUGCGAGUACCCGGCGUGAUAUUAGAUUCGUUGACCGUAGUCUGUACAGCAAUAAGCAUGGGCUUUAUUGCAGCGACACUCGAGCCCCAUAUUAGAAUUUUUGAACUGUCGCCCAUCUCGAACGGCCUCAUGUUCGUCAUCAGCGGCGGGACUUACGCAAUCUUCGCCCCGAUAGUCGGUAGGAUUUGCGAUCAUUGGGUCUACCCGAAGAGGGUCCUCAGCUUCGGCGCCAUCUUCAUAGUCUUCAGCUACGUUCUGAUCGGACCGCUUCCCUUUGUGGGCAUACCAAAGACCUUGGCUGUUUGCAUCACCGGCUUGGUAAUACACGGAUUGGCCUUGUCCGCCCUAAUGGUACCCACCUUCAUGGAUUCCAUCUGUUCAGCCGUUGCUGCUGGCUUUCCUGAUGAUUUGUCCACAUACGGGAUCAUAUCUGGAUUGUGGUCUUCGUCGUUCGCCUUAGGAGCUUUCAUCGGCCCUUCAAUCUCCGGAUAUCUUUUCGACCUUGUCGGAUUCCAAUAUGGCUCGAUUUUUGUCAUGGUUGUCCAUUUUGCACUGUUUAUCGGCAUAACUAUUUUCAUAUCUAUGGAGAAGAAGAAGCAGAUUGUCCCACCUAAACGCGUCCGCUUGCUUUCCCACGUCCCUGGGAGCUCGUCGGAAGAAGAAUAUCUCAAUCCGAAACUGACCGAUACUUGGGAAGCCAAAAUCACUUCUGACUGCAAGACCUACAGAGGAGCUGGCAAACCGGUGGAGCAAGCGAGGCUGACAAUUUCACAAGAGGACCUCGAGAAAACGGCCAAAACCUUAAACGAGUCACUGAAUGUCUAAAUGUUCCUGGUAUCAUAAAAAUAUAGAUACAUUUUAAAAUUU